AUGCUAAAGCAAUAAUGAAAUCCAGAUCUCGAUCUCGAUCACGAGGGCGUCUUUGACUGUUGAAGAACGCCGAUCUCUGAGAUCUCCAUGUAGUUAGCCGCAAACAAUACCGAACGCGCCUCUACUUUGAUGGAAAUGUCUUUGCCAGUUCCGGAAGUAUCGGCAGGAUGCAGGUGCUCAAUCAUAGCUAUAGCUGGGCCAUAUAUCACAAGCCUGCCAUCUCCGAACGCUGAACAACCUUCGAAACGGCCAGCCGAAUUGGAGGCUCUGUUGCUGAUGUGUACCCCUCCUCCCUGGAGCACAAGAACAUAAACUCGUUCAUCACACCUUCACAGUGCGCUGUUUUCAUUUGACCCUCCAUGCGGUUCAAACGCACUGUCUGCGCAGCGACCAGACUAACGAGGGUUACCGUGUCCCGAAUGAAUGAGGUCUCUAAGAUUUUUCGAUCUUGUCGUAGAUGUGCUCGCAGUCGAAUUCAUCUAACUCUAUUCGUUCAAACAUCCGAGGUCAUCGCUGCAUUGUAUCGGUGAGACACCACACUUCACCCUGUACCUUGUUUGGUUACUGGUACCUUGCGCAGCAUGACCACGCCUUCCUACUACUGUGGCACCCGGAAACUGUGCAUUUGGAAGCUCUGACUGUUGCAGGUCAUUCGAUGAGCAUAGCAUCACAUUCUCUGAGCCUCCUCCAUUCCCAGAUGUUUGAGUUUGCAAGGCACAAUGUUGAUUCAUCUCGGUACUUUCGUUCGAGAGGUCUUGCGCACGUUGUGUCCGUUGCACCAGAAAUUCCCACCAUUCUCAAGGAUCGCAAUGUACUGGAACUGCCAGACGGCAAUGACCUUUUUCUUCAGCUUAAACCCAGCAGCAUUCAUGUUGUUCCGGGGGACAUCGAUACAAAUCGAUUCUGCAAUGCUCUGUCGAAAACCUUAGGCAGGUUCCCACAUGCUGCCGGACGGCUCCAGCGUAACGGCGACGAUUGGAAAAUUAACCUAACAAAUUCAUCAGUUCCUGUUACUGUCACUGAAGACACAGACAGAGACGAGGUUAUCCCAACUGAACACCGGCAUCGUGUUGUUCAUGGGGACCUACAAGCCUUCCAGGUUCCUGUUUCACUUGAGGGGGCCAUCAUGGGGGAGGACGUUCCCCUCGUUACAUUUAAACUAACAAAGAUGAAGAAGACCGGGGAGACAGUGUUGGGCAUUUCUUGGAACCAUGUCCUAGGGGAUGCCACUACGCUGACUAACCUAUUACAAACGCUUUCGCAAUACUACCAAGGAUUGCCUCCGCCUCCGGCGCCGACGUUCUACAGACGACGCUGGCCAAGGCCUCCAGAAGGGGCUGAAGGCGGCGCGCUCUAUCAGCGUUAUACGCCACAUGUGGCGAAGUCUUAUCCUUUAGCAGAUGUAGUGGCUAAAUAUGUCGCUGAAGCCCAGGCAGCCUCAAUGGUUGACUUUAAGUUCACCGCUGCUAACCUUGACGCACUACGCAAGCGGGCCUCAAGGUGGACACCCGAUGACGCAUGGCACAGCGGAGAAAGUUUGAAAUUGACGCACCAAGACUCACUCACGGCAUACCUCAUCACCCUGCAUAAUAGGUGUCUCGAUAAGCCGAUCCACGGCCUCAUGAACAUGAUGAGUUAUCGCACUCGCGCCGCGGAUGAGAACGCGCUAUACAGACAUCCCGGGAAUGCAGCCAAUUGCGUAUAUCUGCCGACUUUCGACUUGUCAUCCUCUCCCACAUUGUCCGCACUUGCCAGAACUAUUCGUCGUGGAAUUGUCAACGCUCGCUCAACAGAAUAUGUCGAAAAAUACCUCAUGCUGAACAGCGCCGCUCAGCAAGACGCUGCCAAGUACGGAAAAUUCCAUAUCUUCCCUGGCGAAUCAGUGGCGCUUGUCAAUUCUUUGAUGGGACACCGUCGGGCCCAAAUGGUUCACUUUGGCUUCCCUGGCAAGAGUCAAUAUUACACAGAGAUCUCCUGGGAGAGGAUGUUCCGUGUCUUUCCCGCUAAUCCAGUCAAGGGUGCAGAUGGUAAUUGGGAGGACAACACCGGUAGUGUUGUUGUUGCGUUCCGGGUCAAGAACGAGCUGAAGGAUAAGAUGGCUGCUAUGUUCCAUGAGGACAUGAGUCGUCUGGAGAAGGGACUGGAACUCGAUGAUUGAACUCUUUUUCGAGUCGGAAAUGGACAAAUAUUGUUAUUUUCUACCUGCACGCUAUCUAUUCCUUCGUAGUUUACAUACGAGACUGGCAUCUCGCCCCACUAUCACUCACUUUUAGUCUCCUUUUUGAUAUUCAAAUUACUGCGUACUUCAAGUUGUAUCACUUAUUACAUCGCUCUCCACUAUUCAUAAUCCGGCGUAUGCUGCGACCAUCGCUCUACGACGGCUGCUUGAGGGAUUUAUCGCUCGUGAGAAUAAACUUUGAAAAGCCCC